UUCAGACCUCAAUCUCCAUGUUCUUUCCUAAAGGGCACCACCAUGCCAGAAUGUUGCGGAAACUUCCUCUACGUGAUUUUCCUACGUGCUUCCUUCUACUAACUUUUUUUUGGUCUGAUUCCUUCUACUAACUUGUAUAUAUGAUCUGUGAUCUGUUGGGGGUUUGUAAUUGUUACUACGUACAAAGUUGAAAAGAAGAAACGUAAAAGAUUAUGGAGAGUUAUUUGCAAGAGAACUUUGGGGAAGUGAAGGCUAAGGGCUCGUCUGAAGAAACGUUGCAGAAAUGGAGGAAGCUCUGUGGAGUUGUGAAGAACCCGAAAAGAAGGUUUCGGUUCACUGCUAAUCUUUCCAAGCGUAUAGAGGCUGCGGCUAUGCGCCGUACCAAUCAGGAGAAAUUGAGGAUUGCAGUUUUGGUUUCUAAAGCUGCAUUUCAAUUUAUUCAAGGUGUACAGCCAAGUGACUAUGUUCUACCUCAGGAAGUUAAAGCGGCAGGUUUUGGUAUCUGUGCUGAUGAAUUGGGAUCCAUUGUGGAAGGCCAUGAUGUAAAGAAGCUAAAAUUUCAUGGAGGGGUAACUGGCCUUUCAGAAAAGCUCUCCACAUCUAUAAAUGAUGGGCUCAAUACCGAAACUGAUCUGCACACUCGAAGACAAGAUAUUUAUGGCAUUAAUAAGUUCACAGAGUGCGAACAGCGUGGUUUCUUUGUAUUUGUUUGGGAAGCCCUUCAGGACAUGACUCUUAUGAUCCUCGGAGUGUGUGCUUUUGUGUCAUUGAUCGUUGGACUAGCAAUGGAAGGAUGGCCAGCAGGAGCUCAUGAUGGGCUUGGAAUUGUUGCGAGUAUUAUGCUGGUUGUGUUUGUCACAGCAACAAGUGAUUAUCGGCAAUCACUACAGUUCAAGGACUUGGACAAGGAGAAGAAGAAGAUUGCUAUGCAAGUAACAAGAAAUGGAUAUAGGCAGAAAAUGUCUAUUUAUGAAUUACUACCUGGUGAUAUUGUACACCUUUCUAUUGGAGACCAAGUACCUGCAGAUGGUCUAUUUGUUUCUGGUUUUUCUGUCUUAAUUGAUGAAUCCAGUUUAACUGGUGAGAGUGAGCCUAUUAUGGUAACUCUUGAAAAUCCCUUUCUUCUUUCUGGAACUAAGGUUCAAGAUGGAUCAUGCAAGAUGAUGGUUACCACAGUCGGGAUGAGAACUCAAUGGGGCAAAUUGAUGGCUACACUAAGUGAAGGUGGAGAUGAUGAAACCCCAUUGCAGGUCAAGUUGAAUGGAGUGGCAACCAUUAUUGGUAAGAUAGGACUUUUCUUUGCUGUUGUGACUUUUGCUGUUAUGGUGCAAGGACUGUUUAGUCGAAAACUGCAAGAAGGGACACACUGGAGCUGGAAUGGAGAUGAUGCAAUGCAAUUGUUAGAGUUCUUUGCUGUUGCAGUUACGAUUGUUGUUGUUGCUGUCCCUGAAGGGCUGCCACUGGCUGUGACAUUGAGUCUUGCAUUUGCCAUGAAGAAAAUGAUGAAUGAUAAGGCGCUUGUACGCCAUCUGGCAGCUUGCGAAACUAUGGGAUCAGCCACGAACAUUUGCAGUGACAAAACUGGGACACUGACAACCAACAAAAUGACUGUUGUGAAGUCAUGCAUUUGCAUGAAUGUCAAAGAUGUGAGCAACCUCAGUGAUGCUUCAAGCUUGUUCUCUGAUAUUCCAGAAUCUGUUAAGAAGGUUUUGCUGCAAUCAAUAUUUAACAACACUGGUGGAGAAGUUGUGGUUAGCAAAGGUGGCAAGAAUGAGAUGUUGGGAACACCUACCGACACUGCUUUGUUGGCGUUUGGCUUGGCGCUUGGUGGAGAUUUCCAAGCAGAGAGAAAAGCUUCUAAACUUGUGAAAGUUGAGCCUUUCAACUCAACAAAGAAAAGAAUGGGGGUCGUGUUGGAGCUUCCUGAAGGAGGAGGUUUCAGAGCACAUACUAAAGGUGCUUCAGAAAUCAUUUUGGCCAACUGUGACAAGGUGAUCAAUUCAAAGGGUGAAACUGUUCCUCUUGAUGAAGCAUCCAUUAAGCAUCUCCAAGCUACUAUCAAUGAAUUUGCUUGUGAGGCUCUUCGAACUAUCUGCCUUGGCUAUAUGGAAUUAGAAAAAGGAUUCUCUGCUGAGGAUCCCAUCCCAACUUCUGGAUAUACUUGCAUAGGAAUUGUUGGCAUUAAAGAUCCUGUUCGUCCCGGUGUCAAGGAGUCUGUUGCAGUUUGCCGUUCAGCUGGUAUCACAGUAAGAAUGGUUACAGGAGACAAUAUCAACACUGCAAAGGCCAUAGCAAGGGAAUGUGGGAUUCUCACGGAUGAUGGAUUAGCCAUUGAAGGUCCGGAGUUCAGGGAGAAGAAUCAAGAAGAAUUGCUUGCACUGAUACCUAAAAUUCAGGUUAUGGCGCGAUCAUCGCCUCUAGACAAGCAUACCCUGGUAAAGCACUUGAGGACCACAUUUGAUGAAGUAGUUGCUGUAACUGGUGAUGGAACAAAUGAUGCCCCAGCACUUCAUGAGGCAGAUAUUGGACUAGCCAUGGGCAUUGCCGGAACUGAGGUGGCCAAGGAGAGUGCUGAUGUUAUAAUUCUGGAUGAUAAUUUCUCCACAAUUGUGACAGUGGCAAAAUGGGGACGUUCGGUUUACAUCAAUAUCCAAAAAUUUGUGCAGUUCCAGCUGACUGUUAAUAUUGUUGCAUUGAUUGUUAACUUCUCCUCGGCCUGUUUGACAGGGAGUGCUCCCCUCACUGCUGUUCAGCUAUUGUGGGUGAACAUGAUUAUGGACACACUGGGAGCACUUGCACUUGCAACUGAGCCUCCAAAUAAUGACUUAAUGAAGCGUCCGCCAGUUGGAAAGAGACAAAAUUUCAUCAGUAAUGUAAUGUGGAGGAAUAUUUUAGGGCAGUCUUUCUAUCAAUUUACAGUGUUAUGGCUUCUUCAGGCUAAAGGAGAAUCAAUAUUUCGUCUUAAUGGACCAGAUUCUAACUUGGUCCUGAACACACUCAUUUUCAAUACAUUCGUCUUCUGUCAGGUGUUUAACGAAAUAAGCUCGCGUGAGAUGGAAGAAAUAGAUGUUUUCAAGGGCAUAUUGGAUAAUUACGUUUUCGUUGCAGUCCUCAGUGCCACAGUUGUGUUCCAAAUCAUUAUUAUCGAGUUUCUGGGGAAGUUUGCUAGCACAGCACCUCUCACCUUUGUUCAAUGGUUUGUUACUGUAUUCAUUGGCUUUUUAGGGAUGCCAAUUGCUGCUGGUUUGAAGAAGAUUCCUGUUUGAACCCCCCACAGAAUUAGAUGAGAUUCUAUUUUUCUUUAAAAAGAACAAUUAGGCAGUUUAGGAACCGAUAUCGGGAAGCAGAUUUCUUAAAUUCCCCAUCCUGCAACGCAGAUUGCAUGAGAUGAUAUUGGGAAGCCUACAUUGGUCUGGUUGAUUGUCCAUAAGCUGAUGAGUAGAAUAGCCAAGCGUCUCUUGUUUAACACUGAAACGAUUCCAAUUUCCAACUUCUUAGGUGCUUUUAAGAAAAUUUGAGUUCAAGUUUUACAGGGUGAACAAAAGGUAAGGUGGGUGAACAAAAGGUAAGGUGGCCUCCUGUGUAUCUGCAAGUCUUGUAAUUCCCUGUCAUCUUCAUGUAAUUACUAGUGUUCUUUUGGUAAUAAUAACUUGAACCAUCUGUAAUUGUCUAUGUUCCUGUCUGAAUCCAAACAAGGAAUUUGUUCUCUGGA